GCUGGGAGGUUCCAUGCAACGCGUGCGACGAGAUACGUCCAGCGGAAUCGAUGACAAACGACUAAUUCCAAUAAUGCAUAUUGGACGGCGGCGUUAACGUCGUGUCCUGACCGCUUCCGGUAGCGAGAGCACCGUUCAGCGCUUCGGAUAUGCGAUACAAGGAGAACUACUUGUGAAACUGUUGUAUUUUGCGACAAACUCUGAAGAUGCAUUUUUCAACGGCUUGGUAUCAUCAGCCUUGCUUUGUUGAGCGGUGGACACUGUUGUCAGUAGUGCUUUUGAUGCAAGUGGAGCUCUUCAGCUGUGUCUUUACAGAUGCGCUGCCGGAAUUUCACUUAUACCCGUCAAAAGGAUCGGCCAACACCAUCUUUAAAAUAGGAGGCCCAGACUAUCUGAACUCUUCACGCACCCGUUUUCGGUAUGGCCUUUUAUGUGGCUUUCACUCAAUCGGGAACCAAAUAUUUUUACCAUUCGGGUUUGAAAAAGUCGGAUACGAAUCGAUAGUGGGUUUAGAAGUUUCGUCGCUCGAAGGCAGCUUUUUUAGUGUACAAGUGACUCGAAACGGACGCGAUUUUUCUGACACUGGUAUCUUGUUUCAAUAUGUUCAUGCAACUUUGAAUGACGUGCAUCCAGUAAAAGUAAUGAAAAGCGGUGGAACGGUUGUAACGAUACGCGGCAGUGGAUUGUCAGACGGGUACUAUUGUCGCUCAAAUGGCCUUCCAAGCAUUCUGGUUGAAGGAGCAUCGACGUCUUCUGUACUGAUGAAGUGUGAAAUUUCCAUUAUGGAACAUGCAGAGCGCUCCACAUCUCGUAUUUUCAUUUCAGCAAAUCCAGAUCUUGGCCUGCUGUCCGAAGGCCAAACGCUCCACUUGCUAGAGGAAGCAAAAUAUUCGCGACUAUCUGAUCUCGAAGUGCAGCUCCAAGGGUCCCUCUUUACCGAUCAAUCGGCGUCUGUGUGGUGCAAACUGGGAAAUAUAUGUUCCUUGGGUCGGAUCAUAUCUGCGACGCGAAUGAGCUGCACGGAUCAAAUUCGGCAACGUGAAGGACGUCACUUGCAAAUAUCAAUGAAUCAGGAAAGCUUCACGAGGCGACUGACUGAGGCCAGCCUUGAAAACAAACGCGAUCGCGAAGAAGAAGAGCACCGCAUUUCCGAACGUAAGAGUCGAGUCGCCCUUUCGAGGUUCCUGGAUGCAGAGAGAGUAAUCAAUGCGAGAUACACGGCUAUUUCCAUCGCCAACACAAUGUUACAAUUUCAUCAUUAUUCUGACUCAUCAGUGUCGUUCACUUCUAUGUUGCCGCCAACCAUCGACUCUCUUAAUCCAGCCGUUGGGACGUUUGGAGGCGCUCAUAUGACCUGGUUGACUGGCAAAAAUUUUGCAAGUUCAUUAAUAAAUGAUGAUGUAUACAAGUUGCACUGCUCAUUUGGGAAUAUAUCUCAAUCUGCCCGUUUCAUAUCAUCAUCAAUCGUCACUUGUGAUGUUCCCAUGGUGCUAAAGCAUGGUUCGGUUGAUCUCACGAUAUUGUCCUCAUCGACAUCGUCGGGUGUCCGAACAGAGGCCGGUUUACACUACACACUUCUCGCCCGUGCUCUUGUAGGAUCACUUGCACCAAAACGGGGAACUGCGAGGGGUGGUACCGUACUUCAUCUACGUGGAUCUGGGUUUUUCAACUCAUGGGAUUUGAGGUGCAAGUUCGGAAGUAUUCAAGUUAACAUUGCAUAUGUGAGUGAAGCCGAAAUACGGUGCUUUUCACCUUCACGAGCUCACGGGGAAUCCGACAUGCAAGUCAUCCUCAGCGGUCGACAUGUUUGCGGCGCGUCGGCGUACAUGUUUGUUGUAUAGCGAACAAAGCGCACUGAUGAAGCCCCCAGUAUUGAAGAGAUUGAAACCGGCCUUUACACGUACAUGACAUUUCAUUCGCAACAAGAAUAUAGGUCAGACACGCUAACAGUGGCUGCUGGAAACUAAAUCUAUAGCGCACUGAUGUGUGCAGCUCACUGCUGUUGACUGGCGCUUGUGUUUGAGUUGCUAUUGCACUGAAAACCCUUCUUUAACUGCGUGUCAUGUAGCUCCAGAAUCAAUAUCAUUCGCCUGAUGCUUCAUAAA